AUGUCCGCCGCGAAACAAAAGGCCCAGCAGAUCAUCGACGACAACGCCGUCGUGGUGUUUUCCAAAUCUUACUGCCCUUACUGCCGCGCGUCCAAGACGCUGCUGAACGAGUUGCACGCAAAGUACUAUUUGUUGGAGUUGGAUGAGAUUGACGACGGCGCCGCCCUCCAAGACGCUCUUGAGGAGAUCACCGGCCAACGAAGCGUGCCCAACAUCUUCAUCGAUCACAAGCACAUUGGCGGCAACUCGGAUUUGCAGGCCAAGAGGGCCCAACUUGGCGACAUGUUGAGCGCGGCCGGUGCUCUUUAA